UUGUGCGUCCACUGCUCAGUGUGCUCAGUGUCAGGAUCUCUCUGUAGGUCCCUUUUGGAUUUCAAGUGGCCUUUAAAAUGCAGAAACCGCACAUACGACAAAGAAGUGUGUGUCAACAGACUGCUGCACUCCUAUGGAAAAAUGUAAUGUUGAAGUGGAGAAUGAGAAUGCAGAGUUUUCAGGAAUGGUUCUCCUCCUUGGGUCUUCUCAUUGCAAUAAUAACACUGACAAGCAUGAUGGAAAUCGAUCCUCCUCAAGAAGUAUCUUUAGCCAUCCUUGGGAAACUUUCCUUGAAUGCUACUGAACUUAAAAUUGCUUAUACUCCAAAUAACACGUUGGCAAAAGAAAUAAUGGACAAAAUAGAAACAAUAUCUAUUCUGAAAGGUGUAGAGACAGAAGCUAUGAAAGAUGAAAAAUCCAUGGAAGCUGCACAAAUGGAAGAAAUAGACAUGAUUGGAGUUGUAUUUCAAGAUGAAGUCUCAUAUCGACUCCGAUUCCCUUUAUAUAAACUGGUUUCCCCAAAUGAAUAUUUUGGAAAGACAGAUUACUGUUACAACUUUUCAUCAUCUGAUUGUUCAAAUCCAAGCUAUUGGUAUGGAGGCUUUAUAGCUUUGCAAUCUAGCAUUGAUAGUGCACUUAUUGAACGGAUCACCAAUCAUUCUGUUUGGGAAGAAAUGCAAUCUAUGAACGGCAUUCGUAUGAGAUCAUCUUCUAUUAUGCACGGAAGCGAACUGGAUAUUUUGUUACUCUUAUGGCUCUUAUCACUAUGUUUUUCACCCUUUAUGUAUUUCUUGGCACAAACUCUUUCAAGAGAGAAAAGGAAAUUGAAGGAAGUGAUGAAGACAAUGGGACUACGAGAUGCAGCUUUCUGGCUUUCCUGGGGUUUGCUGUAUAGUGUGUACACAUUGAUUUUGUCCGGUGGAUAUGCAUUUCUUUUGCAACAUUCCUAUCUUCCCUUGACCAACAUUUCUACAUUGUUUGUUCUGUUCUUCCUUUAUGGUAUAGCAUCCAUAUGCUUCUGUUUCAUGAUGAGUUCACUCCUAAAGAAGGCCAAAACCACUGCCUUUGUUGUCCUCCUCCUCAAUCUUUGUUUUGGAGUCCUUAGCAUCACAACCUUAUUCAAGUUAAUGCCUUCAGCUUUGGAAUUAAUUUUGAACAUAUUCUGCCCAUUUACUUUUGGUGCGGGGCUUUCAAAGGUUUUUCAAUUCCAAAAAUAUGCAAGAUCCUUCAGUUUGUCAGAGAUAAUGUCUGAAUCAUUCAUUUUAUUCUUGCUUUUUGAUAUUGUUUUAUAUAUGCUGCUGACUUUCUAUUUUGACAAGAUUGUCCCUGACAAAUAUGGGCUGCCUUAUCCUCCCUUAUUUUUCUUGAAGAAGAACUAUUGGUUUAAAUCAAGAAAGCCUUACACCAAUGAACAAAGUCAUGGAAAUAUUUUCAGAGAAAAUAUUGAACCUGUGCCUCCUGAAUUUGAUGGGAAGGAAGCCAUUCGAUUAAAUAACAUUAAAAAAACAUAUAAAGUGGGAAAAACAAACACAGAAGCUUUGAGAGGCUUGUCUUUGGAUAUCUAUGAAGGGCAGAUCACUGCAAUUCUUGGUCAUAGUGGAGCUGGAAAAACAACAUUGCUAAACAUCCUCGGUGGACUUUCUAAGUCAACUGAUGGUUCUGCAACCAUUUUGGAGUACAAUAUCGCUGAGAGGAAAGAGAUGGAACAAAUCAGGCAAUUUAGUGCUGUGUGUCCACAGUUCAAUAUUCAGUUUGAAUAUUUAACAGUGAAAGAAAAUUUAAAGACAUUUGCUAAAAUAAAGGGGAUACCAUCCAGUGAUAUAGAAAAUGAGGUAGAAAAAAUACAGAUUCUCUUGGAUAUCAGUGCCAUUCAGAAUACACAAGCUAAGGAUUUAAGUGGUGGACAGAAACGAAAAUUGACUCUGGCGAUUACUUUCUUAGGACAACCACAGGUUUUAUUACUAGAUGAGCCAACUGCAGGAUUGGAUCCUUAUUCUAGACAUCAAGUAUGGACUCUCCUAAACGAGCAAAAAGCAGGUCGAGUCAUUCUGUUAACUACUCAGUUCAUGGACGAAGCUGAUAUCCUCUCUGAUCACAAAGCUAUUAUCUCCCAUGGCAGCCUGAAUUGUGUUGGCUCAUCUCUGUUCCUGAAGAAAAAGUGGGGAAUUGGCUAUCAUUUAAGGAUGCAUAUAAAUGAAAUUUGUGAUUCUGAAAGAACAACAUCAUUGGUUAAGCACUAUAUUCCUUCUGUGAAAUUAUCAGGACAACGUGAAAAUGAAUUGAGAUACAUCCUGCCUUCAGAACAUGUGAAUAAAUUUCCAGGUUUGUUCAGUGAAAUCGAUCAACAGACAGAUCUAGGAAUAGUUGACUAUGGAGUUACUAUGACAACUUUGGAAGAUGUCUUCUUGAAACUAGAAGGAAAUGAAAAAAAUUAUGACGAUUAUGGAGUCCAUCACGAAGGGGAAGGAGAAGAACCAGGAAAGGAUGAAAUGGAACAGGAUCUGCUGUUAUUGUCAGAGAUGGGAACAGUGACAGUGAAGGGCUUAAAACUCUGGAGACAACAAGUUUGUGCCAUUGCAAGAAUGCACUUUUUAAAUCUCAAGAGGGAAUGGAAAAUCUGGGGAGCCCUCUUACUAAUUUCUGGAAUCAUUCUGUUACCAUAUAUAAUUCAAAACUGUUCCUUUGGUGUUUCAUUGACCAUGCAUUAUGCAGAGCUUCAUCCUGGGUUAUACUUUCAGCCAGGAAUGGAAUUUCAAGGAAGUUCUGGACUUCUGAUCCUUAACAAUACAGGUGAAAAAAUUGAUAAUUUUGUCCAGGCAAUAAAGAAUCAGAACAUUCUGAUGGACGUAAUCUCGGGUAACAAUAUCAGUGACCAGCUGGUCCACAAUGGGGCCAUACAAGUAGACAUUGAAGAGAAGAAAUACAGGUUCACACUUAUGUGCCACACAGAAAUAACCAACUGCUUUCCUGUGCUUGUCAACAUCAUCAGCAAUGCAUUUUUACACAUGCUUAAUUCCACUGCCCGUCUUCGAAUUUGGAGUCAAAUGUUUUUAGGGGAAUUUCAACAGGAAAGUUUUGUGUUUUAUUUUUUGGAAUUACAAAUGUUUGAGACUUUCAUAUUUCUGUCUGCUUUUCCACCUCAAUUUGCAAUGAUGAGCAUGCAAGACUACAAGAUAAAAGCUCACUCUCAACUCCGAAUCUCAGGGCUGUUGCCUUCUGUAUAUUGGUGUGGACAAGCUCUGAUAGAUAUUCCUCUCCACUUUGCUCUACUUGUUGUAGCACUAUUGCCAUGGUUACUAAAAUUAAUCGUUAUAAGUACUAAGAAUUGGAGCAUUUUACAUUUAGUUUUGGUGAUAUUUCUGCUUGGUUAUAGUACCUCUUUUGUCCUACUCCUAUAUGUAAUUGCCUUCAUAUUUCGUAAAAAAAUGCAUACUGCCAGUUUUUGGUCAUUCAUCUUGAUAUUAGUGUCUGUGAUUUCAUUUGCAAUGUUUGUAACAGCUAUACCACCUCUGAUGUAUCUACUUGAUGUUUUCAUUCCUAUAUUUCCAGUUAUUAGUUUUUUAAUUUACUUUUCAACGACGCUGAAAGAUGUUUAUGCAUUUGAUGAUGCAGGAUACCACAUUUUACAUAUGGAUGAGUUCUGGAUAUCUUUCUUCAUGCCUUACAUCCACAGCAUAAUUUUCCUUUUUUUACUUCGCUAUCUGGUUUUGAAAUAUGACAGACCAGUUAUGAGAAGAGAUCCUGUAUUUAGGAUUUCUCCUCAAAGAAAAAGGACCUAUCAGAAUCCCGAGGAGCUCAGUGAAGAGACUGAUAGAGACAUCCUAGAUGAAAGGACCAGAGCUCAGAGUGCACUGGAUUCUGCCAAUGAAGAAGAGAAACCAGUUAUCAUCGUCCACAACUUGUGCAAAGAGUAUAGAUAUGGAAAGGCUUGUUCUACUCCAUGUUGCAACAAACAGCAGAAGAGAAAACUGGCUACCAAAAAUGUUUCUUUUUGUGUUAAAAAAGGAGAAAUAUUAGGGCUUCUGGGACCAAAUGGUGCUGGUAAAAGUACAACAAUUAGCAUGAUAAUGGGAGAUAUGGAUCCAACUGCUGGGCAAGUGCAUAUUAAAGGAGCUGAUGGAGCUGCGACAGAGGAAAAUGCUGCUCUUGGCUACUGUCCUCAGGAGAAUCCGCUCUGGUCCAAUCUGACCAUGAAAGAACAUUUGGAGAUUUUUGCAGCUGUAAAAGGGAUCAGGAAGGAUGAUGCUACUAUGGCCAUUAAUAGAAUAGCUCGAGUUCUAGUCCUUGAAGAGCAUUUAAAAAAGACAACUAAGACAUUAUCUGCCGGAUUAAGUAGAAAAUUGUGCUUUGCCCUAAGCAUGUUGAGUAAUCCUACCGUGUGGCUACUAGAUGAACCAACCACUGGCCUGGAUCCCAAAGGAAAACACCAAGUGUGGAGAGCAAUUCACACCAUGCUGCAGAACAAGGAUAAAGGUGCCAUUUUGACAACUCAUCACAUGGAGGAAGCAGAGGCAAUGUGCGACCGAGUAGCUAUCAUGGUGUCUGGACAGCUCAGGUGCCUGGGUUCAAUUCAGUACCUGAAAAGCAAAUUUGGAAAAAAUUAUUUGCUGCAAAUAAAAGUAAAAGGGGUAGAACAAGGAGAUCUUGUGAAUACUCAGAUUCUAAAAAUGUUUCCACAAGCAGCUCGUCAAGAAAGGAUAUCCACUUUGUUGGUCUACAAGAUUCCAAUGGAAAAUGCACUGCCUCUCUCUAAAGCUUUUUCCAUGUUAGAAAAAGUGAAACAACUGUUCAAUCUUGAGGAGUACAGCUUUUCUUUGAACACUUUGGAACAGGUUUUCCUAGAGCUUUGCAAAGAGCAAGAGCGAGAUUAUUUUGAUUUGGCUCCGAAUACAACUUUUGAUUGGAAGAAACUUCAGGAGGGUGAUCUCUAAGUCAUCAACACAUUUUUAGAAGAAUACUGACAUAAAGAACAAUACUGACAUAAGCACCAAUUCCU